CACACUCUCAGGGGGCGGGGCCAGAGGAUUCAGCAAGCGCAGUUGACGCGUAACAUUUAUGUAGUUUUAUGAAUCGGAAGCUUUGUGCAGGGAUGAGGUCCUGCCUGGUGGUGCCUCUUCUUCUCCCCCUGCUCCUGGCUGCAGGAAGUGAUGUCACAGGGGAGGAGGCGAACAGGAAGCCCAACUUUGUCCUGAUAAUGGCGGAUGACCUGGGUAUCGGUGAUGUUGGUUGCUACGGUAACGAUACCAUCAGGACCCCCAACAUCGACAGGCUGGCGUCUGACGGGGUGAAGCUGACUCAGCACAUUGCAGCUGCUCCUCUCUGCACGCCAAGCCGGGCUGCUUUCAUGACAGGGCGUUAUGCUCUCCGCUCAGGAAUGGGCAGCAUAGGCCGUGUGCAGGUGCUGCUGUUCCUUGGAGGUUCGGGGGGGCUUCCACCGAGUGAGACCACCUUCGCUAAGAGGCUGCAGCAACAAGGAUACACCACUGGCCUUGUGGGUAAGUGGCACUUGGGUGUGAACUGUGAGCACAGAGGGGAUCACUGUCACCACCCGAACCAGCACGGCUUCAGCUACUUCUACGGCCUGCCGUUCACCCUGUUCAAUGACUGCGUGCCCGGAGAGGGGACCAACAUCCUGGCAGAACUUCAGCACACACUGCAACAAAUGGCCGCUAUUCUGGGAGUUGGACUUUUCACACUGGUGUGUGUCCGUGUGUGCGGCCUCCUUGAUCUCCGCCUGUGGCUCCUGGUUGCACUUUGCUCAUUAAGUAUCUUAGCAACUGCUGUGUGGUAUGUGCCAUUUAAACUCAUACCUACCUGGAACUGCAUCGUUAUGAGGAACCAAGAUGUCGUCGAUCAGCCAAUGACAGUGGAGACGCUGCCCCAGAGGUUGCUGGGAGAAGCACAAAACUUUAUAAGGAGGAACAGUGAUCGUCCAUUCCUCCUCUUCUUCUCAUUAGUCCAUGUCCACACACCACUCUUCAAAACCCCUGCCUUUGCUGGCAAGAGCCGCCAUGGUCGCUAUGGUGACAAUGUAGAAGAAAUGGACUGGCUCAUCGGACAGUUGACGGACACGGUGGACUCCCUCGGUCUAGCCAACAAUACUCUGAUGUACUUUACAUCAGACCACGGAGGGCACCUUGAGGACGCCGACUCGAAGGUUGGCCAGAAAGGAGGAUGGAACGGUAUCUAUAAAGGUGGAAAGGCUAUGGCGGGCUGGGAUGGGGGGAUAAGAGUCCCUGGUAUUUUCCGCUGGCCUGGCAGACUGGCAGCUGGGAGAGUAGUAGAUGAACCCACCAGCCUUAUGGACCUGUACCCGACUCUGAAGUAUUUGGCCGAGGACACACAACCAGACAGACAUUUAGAUGGCCAUAACCUCAUGCCACUGUUGGAGGGGAGAGUAAAGCGAUCGGAGCAUGAAUUCAUGUUCCACUACUGCGGCAUCUACCUGAACGCGGUCCGCUGGCAUCCACCUGGCAGUGACUCGGUCUACAAGGUGCACUUUUUCACCCCUAACUUUUCUCCCCCGGGAGCCGGCGGGUGCUAUGAAACUCAGAUCUGUAUGUGUCACGGAGACUACGUUACGCACCACGAUCCACCGCUGGUGUACGACAUUUUCCGGGACCCCUCAGAGUCCCGCCCACUGACCCCUGACACUGAGCCGCGAUACACAGAAAUCCUCGAGCAGACUGCCAGAGCUGUGGAAAGGCAUAAAAGUACCCUCACAAGCAAGCAGGUAAAUGAUACUCAUUCGACUGCUGUUCAAAGCCAGAUGACCUGGGAUAAGAUUCUGUGGCAGCCCUGGCUUCAGCCGUGCUGCGGGACGUUUCCAUUCUGUGGCUGCAAAGAGGAGGCACCGCAUAUUUAAGAAAAACCCAGUCCCCAGCUUCUUGGGCUUGGUGAAGCUCUUCCUCCUCCAAUCUGCAGCAGGGUUUUCACUUUUUUUUUAAACUGGGGCUGAGAUGCUUCAGGGUGCGUUCAGGUGCUAUCACUGUUACAAGUGUUCAAAGAAGGUGACCUGAAUUUUUUUUUUUAUUGUUGAAACUUAAUUUAAAUUUAAAGUAAACAAAUACUACUGAAACUAAUAACCAUUUAAAUUAAGAUCAAACAAUAUAGUCAGUGGAACAUAACUAUAUUCAGUGCCUUAUAACACUGUACAUACUCAGCACAGUCGAAAAUACACCUAAAAAUACGUGAAGGAGAAUUCUGUUGUUUGCCUGUGUUACUUUUUUUACAAGGAAAAAUGUCAACUGUGAAAUAAAUGAUAUAAUAAAGCUUAUUUUCCUUGUUUUUCA